UAAAUCGUCUCUCUUCGCUCUUUCUUUCUUUCUUUCUUUCUUCCUUCUCUGACGAACAGCAAAAUACAAAGGAGAGAGGAGCAAAUUAUUCAAUACACUCAUAAACCGUAAUAUUUUUCUCUCUUCACAAAGUUAUCUUCUCCACAGGUCACACCCCAGCUUACAGGUCUGAACUUUUCCUUCUUGCCCAUCUCUCUCUAGCAUGAAAAAAGGAUAGGCUUAGUAGAAUUUGAAGAAUUAUGGAGGAAGUGAUCAAUAAAUCUACUGACUGCUUCCCAUCUGAGCAAUCUUCUGGCUAUAGUUAUAUUUUUCGCGAUCCUGAGCUGUUUCCUCGAGUUGGGACUGAAUAUCAGGCAGAAAUCCCGCCUCUUAUGAAAAAAUGUGGUUAUAGGCAGCUUGCAAGUGAACCGUUCAAUAGCAGCAUCAAACUAGACACUUCGGAUUCAUACCCAAUGGGUUUACCUAUUCCAGUCAUGUGGAUACGUGAUAAAAGUAAAGACAAAAGAGGUGAACUCAUGGAAGUUUCUGAUAAUCAUGUGUCUGCAAGUAUUGGAGAUGGAUUUGUGGAAUCUGAAAACAAUGUCAAGGGGCAGGUUACUCGAGACAAUAUUGAUGGAGGGAUCAAAAUCGAUUCUUUGUGCAAUUUUGUUGACAAUGGAGAAAAAACGGAGGGGCUACAACAACAUGUUCCUUCUGUGGUUACAGGUGAAAGCAUUAACAGUGACUCGACCAUAUUCCCGGGACAAAAAGCCCACGUUGAUCGUUGGGAUGGCUGCUAUCUUGUUCCCGGGUUACCUAAUGAAGAUUGGAACGAUAUCGAACAUUCUAGUUUCCUCCUUGGCUUGUAUGUCUUUGGGAAAAACCUUUCUCUUGUUAAAAGGCUUAUAGGGAGUAAAGAGACGGGGGAUAUAUUGUCCUACUACUAUGGGAAGUUUUACAGGUCUAGAGAUUAUCGAAGAUGGUCAGAUUGUCGCAAGAUAAAAGGGAGGCGGUGCAUAUAUGGUCAAAGGAUUUUCAUGGGAUGGAGGCAACAGGAGCUUUUGUCACGCUUAUCUUCCCAUGUUUCGGAGCAAUGCCUUUAUAUGUUGACUGAGAUCUCGAAAUUGUUUGGAGAUGGAAAGAUGACACUUGAAGAGUACGUGUUCUCUCUGAAAGACAAGGCCGGCAUCAACAAUUUAAUAGAAGCCGUUGCCCUGGGCAAAGGAAAGAAGGAUCUUACGGGAACUGCUUUGGAGUCGACGAAAGCUAAUCCUUCUUUACCCGUGCGGGCCGAAGUACCUAUUGGCAAAGCAUGCUCUUCUCUCACGUCGAGUGAAAUUGUCAAGUUUUUGACCGGUGAUUUUCGACUGAGCAAAGCUCGAUCCAAUGAUCUUUUCUGGGAAGCUGUUUGGCCCCGCCUUCUAGCACGGGGAUGGCACUCGGAGCAGCCUAGCGAUGUUGUAUAUUCUGGUGCAAAGCAGUCUCUGGUGUUUCUUGUCCCGGGCGUUAAAAAAUUCUCGAGAAGAUUAGAGAAAGGAAUCCACUAUUUCGACUCGGUUACUGAUGUCUUGAACAAGGUUGCCUCGGAACCCGGCCUUCUCGAGCUCGAAGUAAAUGGAGAAAACGGCGGCAUUCAGAACGAGAAAGGCUUGACGGAUCCCGAGAUGGAAGAGGAUCGAGAGGUUUCAUUGAACCCCCGACGCCAUUCUUACCUCCAGCCCCGAAAUUCGACUUACAAACAGCAUUCAAUGACAUUCACAGUUGUAGAUACGAGCUUGUAUUCUGGAGAAGGAAGAGUUAGAGUUCGGGAACUGAGAAGUUUGCCUCUCGGCCCUUUGACUUCUGCUCCUUGCGCUCUUCUGAGCGAAGAGAGUAGUUCGGAUAGCGUGGAACGAGAUACAAUCGAACCAUAUGAUGCUGUUAACCAACUCCCUAAUGGUCCCGAUUCUAUGAUUAAGGAAGAAUUAAGCAGUUUAAACGACCAAUUGCCUAAUGAUCCCGGGUCGAAGGUUAAAGAAGAAGAAAGCAGUAGCGAUAAGAGUGCCAAUCUCUGCCAAGUUAUGCCAUCCAUGAAUUUGGAAUCUAGUCCAGAUGUGAAACCCGAUCAGAUGACUAACUUAGCUGCUCUCGACCGCAAAGAUUCGAGCCAUAAUACUGGAACCAUGUUAAUCAAUGACCAGUUGAUCAGGGAAAAAAUUGAUAACUCGAGCUUCCAAGAUAUUUGUCCAAGCGCCGUUGGACCGUCUCAGAGCUCAUUCUCGGGCGGUUCUUCUCCAUGCAACCAUGAAAAAACUUUCGAAAGAAAUCUAAGUGAGAACAGUCAUGGCUCUGGGCACUCAGUCGAGAACUCUAGCAUGGGGCCCGAUCAAUCGCUUACUAUGAAUGUGUUACAUAAAUGUGAUAAAAUACCGGGUCCCAAACCUUCCGAGACAUUAGAAUCCUUAAACACCGGUGCCAUUCCAGACGAGCCACCGGUCACGACAGGCAGGAGGCCGAGCACUAGAAACAGGCCAAGCGCGAAAGUAUUGGAGGCAUUCGCGUAUGGAUUCCUCGGCACGGGCAAUAAAAGAAAAGGCGGUGAUAGCUCAACAUCAACAGCUUCUAGGCGGGUGCGUAGGAAGAACAAAAACCCGACGCCUUUAGAUAACGACGGUUUGGGUUGUCAGAAGGAAGCAAAGAUGGAUGAGACCCGUAACGAGAACUUGGCAAUGAUGGGUGAAUCUGUGAGUUUUGUGGAACGCGAGAUUCAGGUGAGUAGGCAUUCGGAUAUUAUAACAGAAUGAGAAUAGCAAAGUUGUUUGAAAGUGUGGAGAUAGAAGUGUUUGAUUUUGGUUUUAAGUUGACAUAUCAUCCAAAAUGGCAGCAGGAUACAGUUACAAAUUUAUUGUCCUUUUUUAACUGUAAUAAAUUUAGCUUUGAAUCUCUAUUCAAUUAGACUCUUGAUACAAAGAUAACAAUAAUAUACAUAUCAUAUAUAUAUAAAUGUUGUGUUCUUGAAAGUA